GAAGAGAGACAGACAGUCAGAGACAGAGACAGAGACAGAGAGGCAGAGAGAGAGAGAUGGCGACCUAGACUCCUGAGAGGGGCCAGGUACCUAUGGGCUAAGGGCUGGAUCUGAGAGCCUCCCAGGAGGGAUAAUGUUGACAUUAUGACAUGCUGAGUUCUUCCUCCUCCAUUACCAGCAGAACGUGCUGUUGGGGGCUAUGUGCCUGUUCUGACCACAAAUUAUGCAAUUGUGGAUCAGUCCCGGAUACUCCCUCCUCGUCUUUUAAACAAAAGCUGAAUCAACUCCCAGAGCAGACCAGAGGCCAAUGAGGCAUCAAUACAUAUGGUGCUAGCAUGAUGGAGAACUCCUCAGUGCUCCCUUCAGAUGCUUCAGAUGCCCUCUUCCCCACAGAGUCACCACCAACUGCCAUUCACCAGGCCUUCUGGAUCAUCUCGCUCAUUAUCUUCUGCUUAGCCUUUGUCCUGGGCAUAACUGGCAAUGGGCUGGUGAUCUGGGUAGCAGGCUUCCGGAUGGCUCGUACAGUCACCUCUGUCUUGUUCCUCAACCUGGCUGCAGCAGACUUCACCUUCACUGCCUUCUUGCCAUUCUUCAUCGUUGGGACCGCCCUGCAGCCCCAUUGGCCCUUUGGUUGGUUCCUCUGCAAGCUAAUUAGCUCCCUGGCUAUUUUUAAUAUGUUUGCCAGUGUCUUCUUGCUGACCCUCAUCUCUCUUGACCGCUGUGUCUCUGUCCUCUGGCCAGUGUGGGCCAGGAAUCACCGCACACCUCGUCGAGCAGCCCUGGGUGCUGCAGGGGCCUGGACUUUUGCCCUGGCCUUUUCUGUCCCAGCAUUCAUCUUCAGGACCACGGACACAGAGAAUGGGACCACCUUUUGCUACAUUGAGUUUGACCCCUGGGAUGAGGCAGGAGAUGAUGAUGAGUACUAUUAUGCACUGUCUGAAAGCCGCCAAUGGUCCCUGGUGUGCAGCCGCUUCUUCCUUGGUUUUGUGAUUCCACUCCUCAUCAUUACUGUCUGCUAUGGCCUCAUCACAACCAAGCUUUGGAGUAGAGUAAAGACAAAGUCCAGUCGGCCCUUCAAGAUCCUCACAGCCGUGGUGGCCGCCUUCUUCCUCUGCUGGCUCCCUCACCACGUGAUGGGCAUGAUCGAGGUUUCUGUCUUCAGUCACCCACACUUCAAAGAGGUUCUGCCUUACCUGAGCCCUCUCUCGUCCUGCCUGGUAUUUGUCAACAGUUGCCUCAACCCUUUGCUCUAUGCCUUCAUAGGCCGGGACUUCAGGGAGAGACUGUUCAGAUCCCUGCCAGCUGCUCUGGAGCGGGCUCUGAGUGAGGAAUCCACCCCAACUGGCACCACAGCCACUAGUUCUACCUGUGCACCUCCUGCCACCGAUGCUGAAACGCAGGGUCUGUGAGGGGGUGCCUUCUCUUCUGUGGUCUUUCUGUGGGGCCUGCCUUCAUGUGGUCCAAAUUCCAAGUUCUAAAAGACCUGCCAACUCUGAUAUUUUAUGUUCUAAGGUCACUCCUAGCUCUGACAUUUCAGGUUCUAAGGGCCCUCCUGCUUUGACAUUCCAAAUUCCAAAUGUGCUCCCCUUCUGACAGGGCUUUCAAACCUCUGACAUUCUAGGUUCUAAGGGUCCUCCUCUCUUUGAUAUUUCCAAUUCUAAGAGUCUUCUCACCAUGGACAUUCUAGGUUCUAAGAGCCCUUCCUCCUUUGACAUUGCCAUCCCAAAUCCUUGGGUCCCACCAUUGUCCUUCCUGAACCCUCUCAGGUUUCUGAGUCUGCCCUCAGAAGCCCCCAAACCCUCUGGCCGAUGGCCCCUUCCUGCUGUGGCUUUGGGGUCCCAGAGAUGGACGAGUUUCCCGUUAGAUCACCAGAGUUUGUUCCCACAACAAACAUUGGACUCCUCCAGGCGUUGGUCCUGCUCUCCCAGCCUUCCAGCCCCACCCUCUUCAGCCUUCCCGGCACGACCCAGGGGGGACUCGGGAAUACCAGGGUGAACAGGAAGGAGAUCCUCUUCCAGGACCUGGAAGGGAGAGGGCCAGGGAAGUAGCCUGAGGCUGAGAACACCAAGAUCUAGGUUCAGGUCCUUACUCUGCCAUUAGGACCUGGGCUUAGAAGUAACUAAUGGAGGCUGAAGUGACCCUCGGUGACCUGGGAGCAUCUCCAAGGUCCCGUUUCUUUUUUUUUUAAUAGAUGAUUUGUGAUAUUUUUAACUUGUUUUCAUGCCCCAGAUCUUCCCGUCUUCUUCCAAAAAACCACCCUUUACAACAAAGAACUCCAAAAAGCAGGGGAGAGGUGUUAAAAGAGGAAGAUGGGAGAAAAGUUCAGCAAAACUGCUCCAUUAAUGGGGCAGCUAGAUGGUGCAGUGGAUAGAGUACCAGCCCUGGAGUCAGA